AUGGGAGCACACCGGCCCAUUGUCUACCAUGGGAGCACACCAGCCCAUCGUCUACCAUGGGAGCACUCCAGCCCAUCAUCUACCAUGGGAGCACUCCAGCCCAUCGUCUACCAUGAGUGCACUCCAGCCCAUCGUCUACCAUGGGAGCACACCGGCCCAUUGUCUACCAUGGGAGCACACCAGCCCAUCAUCUACCAUGGGAGCACUCCAGCCCAUCAUCUACCAUGGGAGCACUCCAGCCCAUCGUCUACCAUGAGUGCACUCCAGCCCAUCGUCUACCAUGGGAGCACACCGGCCCAUCGUCUACCAUGGGAGCUCACCGGCCCAUCGUCUACCAUGGGAGCACACCGGCCCAUCGUCUACCAUGGGAGCACACCGGCCCAUCGUCUACCAUGGGAGCACACCGGCCCAUCAUCUAUCAUGGGAGCACACCAGCCCAUCCUCUACCAUGGGAGCACACUGGCCCAUCGUCUACCAUGGGAGCACACUGACCCAUUGUCUACCAUGCGAGCACACCAGCCCAUUGUCUACCUUGGGAGCACACCAGCCCAUUGUCUACCAUGGGAGCACUCCAGCCCAUCGUCUACCAUGGGAGCACACCAGCCCUUCGUCUACCAUGGGAGCACACCAGCCCAUCAUCUACCAUGGGAGCACACCAGCCCAUCAUCUACCAUGGGAGCACACCAGCCCAUCGUCUACCAUGGGAGCACACCAGCCCAUCAUCUACCAUGGGAGCACACCAGCCCAUCAUCUACCAUGGGAGCACACCAGCCCAUCGUCUACCAUGGGAGCACACCAGCCCAUCAUCUACCAUGGGAGCACACCAGCCCAUCAUCUACCAUGCGAGCACACCAGCCCAUUGUCUACCUUGGGAGCACACCAGCCCAUUGUCUACCAUGGGAGCACUCCAGCCCAUCGUCUACCAUGGGAGCACACCAGCCCUUCGUCUACCAUGGGAGCACACCAGCCCAUCAUCUACCAUGGGAGCACACCAGCCCAUCAUCUACCAUGGGAGCACACCAGCCCAUCGUCUACCAUGGGAGCACACCAGCCCGUCUACCAUGGGAGCACACCAGCCCAUCGUCUACCAUGGAAGCACACUAG